AUGGCCCGCUUCCGCAUAACUACGCCGUCCCUCUUCAAGGGCCUCCCUGCAUCGUCCGUUCGCAUCAUUGCCUUCCUUAUCUCUGUCAACGUCGUUCUCUGGAUCAUUGCCGCCAUCAUACUCGCGGCACAUCCUUCGCUUCUUUCUGCCGCCGCCCUCGCGUAUGUCCUGGGACUUCGCCAUGCCCUUGACGCUGAUCACAUCUCUGCAAUCGACCUUAUGACGCGUCGCCUCAUCGCUUCGGGCCAGCGACCUGUUUCUGUCGGGACAUUCUUUUCCCUCGGCCACAGCACCGUUGUUAUCAUAACCUGUGUUGUCGUCGCCGCCACCAGCGGAGCUUUGCGGAACCGCUUUGAUGGCCUCGCACGCGUCGGCAACAUUGUUGGUACUGCCGUCAGCGCCACCUUCCUGCUCCUGCUUUGCGCGGGCAACGGCUGGGUGCUGUACCGGCUCAUCCAGCAACUCAACGAGAGGCUAGAAGAAGAGAGGGCCAGGGCGAUUUCAGAUGCGAGCAACGGCAACGAAGACGAGCAUGUCGACGAUGCGGUGCAGAAUUUGCGGCUGGAAGGGGAAGGCUUCCUGGCCACCGUCUUUCGGAGGGUCUUCCGAAUCGUCGACAGACCUUGGAAGAUGUUUCCUCUCGGCAUCUUGUUCGGACUCGGUUUCGACACGAGCUCCGAAAUCGCCAUUCUUGGCCUCUCGAGCGUACAUGGAGCACAGGGAACGAGCAUCUGGCUCAUCCUCAUCUUUCCUGUGCUGUUUACAGGUAAUAACCCCCCGAACCCUCCUCUCAAGACGCACACACAUACACACACGGGCACUACUGACUCUGCCACAGCGGGAAUGUGCAUGCUUGAUACGACCGAUGGUGCCCUCAUGAUGGCUCUUUACACCAACAAGGCCUUCUCUAAAGAUCAUGUUGCCAUCCUCUACUAUACAAUAGUUCUCACAGGCAUCACCGUCUUCGUGUCGGCCUUCAUCGGUCUCGUGCAGCUAUUCACCCUCAUCCAGAAUGUAGGCGAUCUCGAGGGAGGGUUCUGGGACGCAAUCGAAGCCAUCGGCGACCACUUUGACGUCAUUGGUGCCUGCAUUUGCGGGUUGUUUGUUAUCAUCGGCAUAGGAUCUGUCGUGGUGUACCGUCCCUGGCGCAGGAGGGCUAACCGGCAGGGUCGCCUGACAGCUGUCCCAACCCCCAGCGACGAUGAGGAAGACGCCGGCGCGAGGCGGCAUUCGGAGGAGCCCCUGCUGGGAAAUCAAUAGAUCAAUUGAGCAACUUGUGUUUGAUCCGUGGAUGGCUUUGCCAUUGUGGCUUCUGACCCUUUGAGUACCACAUGAACUUCAUCUGGCAAGUCAGAUCGACUGCUUUAUCCUGAUGAUGCUC